CUUAAGGUCUUAGUGUCUUGCAUCCAGAAUAUCUGCAGCACUGCUUUGGGUUGCACUUGAAGUCUUCACUGACGGCGAUUUCCUGUAAAGCUAUUAGCCCAGCAGAAUGGAAAUCAAAAUGGCUUAAAUUUCUCUGUUUCUCAGGGAGAAAUGUACAAACAGCUGGGAGAGCAAGGAGGAGCUGCAUUGUGCAGCAGGAGUUUGUGGAGCAGAAUUUUGGGGUGCUGGAGUGGAUCUUAAUACCAACAUGAAUCUUUUCUGUUUUUCUCUGGAGGGCUCAACGGACAGCUUGUAUGAGCCUGUCCCAAAACAUCAAGAAACCAAGGAUACAAAUACUGUUGACAGCUGGGCUAACACUCCAGUGAGCAUGCAUGUAAAUUGUGGACCACCUGAUAGGUCUGUGUCUUUGGAAUUUCCUGAAGUUGAGAACACAGUGACCAAAAAAAGAAAAUCCAUCCAGAAGUCCAUGUCUGAAAAUGAAGCAUUUGACAGGAAAAAUGUGAAUGGCACACUUUGGCAGGGUUCCAGGAAGCUGGAGAAUGAUUCGUACAUCAGAAGGCACUGUCAGCUUGAAGAAGAUAAUAUUGGUGGUGGGAUACAUUUUCUCCAAGGAAAGAAGAUAGAAGAAACAACAUGCCAGGUGACAGACUAUGAGCAGUGGAUUCCACCACGAGUUCACAAUCCAAAUGUGGCUGGUAACAGCGAAAUGGGUACAGAACCAGAUGAUAAAGUAGAGUCCAUGGGAACACUAAAACGAUUACAGAAAUUGGUCCGAACCAAAAAAACAAGUACACAAAGCUUGGAGGAUGUCAAACAUGUUUUGCUCCCCCUCAAUACAUUAGAAGAUGCUUAUGUCUCUGAAGAGGAUGAAGAAGCAAUAACUUCUUGCAUGAAACUGACAAAACCUCAGGAAAAGAAGACCUGGAAAGACAGUGUGAGAAGAAAAGAGACUGAGACUAGGGCAGAUUUUAUUUCUGCAUCUCUGGGCCGCUCAUACACUUCCAAACUUAAUAACUUAGGAACUAUUUCAAUCCAUUCGGAAACCGAAUUUCACUUGUGGAGUGACUGGAAGCCAUUUCCUGAUAACCACCUCUGUCCUUGUGACUUCUUGAUUUCAAAAAUAGAAGAAUGGGAAAACUGUACUUGCUCUUCUCAUCAGCCACAUCUUACAUAUUCCCUAACUGAUAUGGAUCUACAGUACUCCUGGCGCACAAGCAGCUUUGGAAGCUUUGACCGUUUUAGGCAUCACUCGAUAUCAAAGACAGAUGAUUCAGCUGAGAUAUCUGAGUUGGAGACUAUAAGUGACAUUGGAGAUGCAGUACAAACUAAAGCAGCAAAUAAUGGAGGAAGUUUGAGUAAGAAGAUGAGAGCCAUUUCCCUUACCAUGAGGAAAAAGAUGGGUAAAAAGUACAUCAAGGCACUUUCUGAGGAGAUGAAUGAAGAAGGAAAAGAUGACAGUGAUCCUGGUGGUGGAAUACACACUGAGAAGGUCUCCCUAAAAGCCAGUGACUCUAUGGAAAGUCUCUAUAGUUUGAACAGUGGCCAGAGCUCAUCUAGUGGGGUGACCAGCUGCUCAGAUGGAACAAGCAACAGGGACAGCCUGCGGUUUGAUGAUGAAGUCCCUUACAACGGGCCCUUCUGCGGUCGAGCCAAAGUUCACACUGACUUCACACCAAGUCCUUAUGACACCGAUUCCCUGAAAAUCAAGAAAGGAGACAUUAUAGAUAUCAUCUGUAAAACCCCCAUGGGCAUAUGGACAGGCAUGCUGAACAACAAAGUAGGAAACUUCAAGUUCAUUUAUGUGGAUAUUGUAUUGGAAGAGGAAUCUGCACCCAAAAAGAUAAAGCCACACAGGGGAAGCAAAAGGACCAAGCCUAAAACGUUGCAAGAGCUCCUGGACUGUGUCCACCUGCAGGAAUAUGCCUCAACUCUCUUGCUAAAUGGCUAUGAAACUCUAGAGGACUUAAAAGAUCUACAGGAGAGCCACCUGAUUGAAUUAAAUAUUUCAAACCCAGAAGACAGGGCAAGAUUGUUAUCAGCAAUUGAAAAUCUACAGGACUAUGACAUUGAACAACAGCAGAAAAGUGAAGGUGGUCAGGAGACACAGAGCUUAAGCCCUCACCAUGGCUUUGACAAAUCACAGUUAAAUGACUGCCCAAGAGAUUCUGGCUGUUACAUCUCAUCAGAAAAUUCAGAUAAUGGUAAAGAAGAAGUAGAUCGAGAAACCCUGUCUGACAUGGUGCAGUCAAUAACAAUCAGUGAGUCAAACUGAUUCAGCCCUGCUGCUCUUCUGCAGAUUUUCAGAAAAUACAAUCAGAUUUACCAGUAUGAUGGCACAGAAGCGGAGCACAAAAUAUUCUCAACACCGAAAAUCUACUUCUGUCUGAUGUAUAAUGCUAUAAACUGUUUAAUAUGUGGACACUUGAUAGCUAAACGUUAGCUAAUAGUAAGAAUAUCUCAUGCUUUUUCUUUUCAUUGAAUCCACAGACAUUUAACUGAAGAAGUUUAUACAUAUGUAUUUAUAAAUAUUUGUACAGAAAAUGCAUUUUCUAUAACAAUAGAGAAUUGGUUUAGGUAGUGGUACAUAAUCUGGACAUGUUAAUUUCUGGAACUGUCCAAAAUGUAAAUAUUAUAUGUAUUUAUUUUAAAAAGAUGGAUUAAUCACCCUGUCUCUAUUUUCAGAUGUGUUUUGCUGAUAUUUGUACAGAAUGUAUUUUCAUCAUAAUAAAAAAGUGGUUACAUUCACAUCCUACUUUUAAAAGUACUAAGCUAAUUCUCAUUAAUAUUAAAGCUGUUUCAUACCAUUCUUCUCCAAAACAGGCUCUAAAGUAGACUAUCAUCUCCUACACUUUAUCCUGGAGGUACAAAAGAACUGCAGUGUGAACCUGAAUCAAGCUCUAUGUUCAUUAUCUUUGAGAGAAUGGAGCCAUCUGAAUGGCUUAUGCACUGGCAAUUUCUGUACUGUUAUUUUCACACCUGUUCUCAUACUUCCCAAGCAUUAUACGGAGAAUGCAAGAAAAAAAAAAAAAAAGUCAGUAUCAAUACUAUGCUUUUAUGAUAAUUUUCUGUGAAGUUAUUGCCUUUUGUGAGUGGUGUGAAGUUUGUUAAUCGAGUAUUUGUAUACAAAACUCAGAAUCUAAUAUGGUUAUUUUGCACUAUUGUCUUUCAUAUGAGAUUGUAUUGUCAUUUCCCAGUAUAUUUUGCACUGGCGUACUCAUUUUAACUGCCUGUCUUCUUUGAGAGUACUUCCUUCAAUAAUAAACAAAAUCAUGUGUUUGAGCCCUUUAAAAA